AUGUCGCGACGUGCAGCGAUCAUCGAGGAAUUCGACGACGACGUGGACCUCCCAUUGCCGUCGCGCCCCUUGCCCAAUACCGGCACACGCGGCGCGAUUCUGCAAGAAAUCACAGAUGUAGACGAUGCAUCCGAUGACGAUGAAGCCCUAGACUUGGUGGAACCAACUGCAGGUCCAGCUUCGCCGCAAGGGCCAAGCCAAGGAACGCCCGUUGUGACAGACAUAACUCCAUACAAGAAAUGGACCUGCAUCUACCCUAUCUACAUUGACGCAAAGCAGCCAUAUGGCACUGGAGUCCGGCGUAUAUCUCGCGAGAAGAGCGUUUGGUGGCCGCUCAGCAAAGAUAUAGCUGAUGCGACCAAUCGCCUUGGAUUGGGCACCCUGCACGAAGUCAACAAGGCUCACCCGCGAGAUUGGGAGAACCCAGGUCGUGUACGCGUACAAUGGAAGAAGGAGGGGCGGCUUAUGAACCCGCAUAUCAAAACCAAAAAACAGCUACUGGAGAUGAUAUCCUUCCAAAUUCAACGAAUCAAGCCUGACUAUAUCCCUAAGCCCCCUUUCUCUUAUCCGACUCCUGCUACUCCUCCCACGUCCGCUUCGGCUGCCAAAUCCUCGAAGCCGAAGUCCAUUUCGUCCAAAUCCUCCGCGUCGGUCCCCAAAUCUAAGGACCCUGCACCUCCGAAACAGACCAGUCGCCCUCUCCCCAACCCACCCGAACCUUUGCCCUCACCCGCCAGCCGCAUGUCCGUGUACUCUCCUGCCUUGCCUUCUGGCGUCCUCGUCGAUACAGUGAAGGCUGGUAUGAAUGCGGAGGGUGCAGCUCCUGGUGUUGCCGGUGGCGGUGCAGCAGGUAAAGGAAAGAGGAAGGUUGUACGAGUGAGAGCAUGA